GAGAGGAGCGCGCAUGAAAACGGCUCUUGGAGAGUCAUUCCCAUCACUCUCCGCCGGCCAGUCAGACCGCAGACACAUCACAGGGUAAGUGAAUGUUGCACAACAGAGGAUGGCCCUAAAAAGAGAAGCAUAAGGACUGAUAAGGGGGGAAAAAGAAAAAAACACCUGAGGACCGUCGCAACAGGGGAGCGUGACUGACUUCCCAUGGAGGAGCGCGCAGAGACGGCGAGCUCCUUUUCCGUCACUUGGUACCAAGAUACAAGUUGGAUGUACGCCGAGGAGAUGUGGAUUUUUGCGGGACUGAGUGAUUUUAUUAAUGCAAAUUGAUUUGGGUUUCAAUUAUUUUCAAACUGACCCAAGACGGUGCAGCCGGUCCAGAGCUGCGCACAUCCACGGAGAGGAGCGCGCGCUGUCUGAAGAUUUCGAAAAUAAGAAAAUAAACUGCGCUCCUGUUUACAGAGACGUCAACCCAGGGAUUGCACUGCCAGAGAGACUUUAGGUGGGUGGCCAAAAAUAACUCUUGAAUGUUUUUGAAAGCUGAGCGGUCGUUUUGCUGUGUCCACACAAAUGGGCACGCGAACUAAACCAAAAAUAAAAAAAACGACCUCGCAUCUGGAUUACAGCGACAUGUCAGCAUAAACAAAGCUGUGGUAUUGAUGUGCUUUCCUACAUGUGAUGAAUUAGACAUUUAAUAUCUCUCUGAUAUCUAAAUGGACUGUCGAGACCUUUGAAUUCUGUUUUCAGCCUAUUUUUUUUUUGACUUGUCACCAAGGUGGAAAUGUUGUUAAGAGACUGUGCCAUGAACUAACGGGAAGCUGCAUUCAAAGAAAUUAAGAAAAAAAAUAAAACACCUUGUAGCUGGGGUGGAUCAGCUCUGGUGCAGGCACCAAUAUAAUCACACGGACACGCCUAGAGGAUCAUUAAACAAAUCAGAUAAACGCAGCGCGAAAACCAUCAAUACAAGUUAUUGAUGAGGUGGUAUAUAAGGCUAAUGAUUGGCCAAGCCUCUGUUUACUCAACAGCUCGGCAACAAUAUGAUGUGAAACUUUCGCUUGACAGCUGAGGCAACCACAGAGAGGAGAAAAAGGACCAAGGACUUUACUUUCAAUAUAAUUUUACUGCUGCUUUUUUAUGACUGCAGUGCUGAUUUGUAAACAAACUGCAAACAACAGCUGGGAUACUCCUCCUCCUCCUCUUCACACUAGAAUGUCUGCUGCCCAUGCUGCUGUUGCAGGAAUUAAUGAACCAGGCUUUUUGGGGGGGCAAAUAUCUGAAGAGAUCUUUUUGAAAUAUUUAUAGCAGUUCUUGUGCAAGGAUGGUGAUUGUGACAAGGCGCCUAUGGAUGACCCAGUCUGUUGGAGAGCUGGUGCCGAGACAGUUGACCUCUCCACCAGCUACGCCGUCCGUCUAAAACUCCUCCCGAGAGAGGCACAGCUGCUGCAGGCUGGGGAUGUGAUGGGGUGACUGUCGACACCCCCCUCACCCACCCCCUAUCUCACUUUAUUAGCAGUGUAAUUUAAACAAUGGAUCAGAAUUUCUCAACAGUUCGAGAUGGAAAGCAGCUGCUAGCAGAGAAAGACUCUUCCAAACGCGUGCUGACAGGAUGCUUCCUCUCCCUCCUCAUCUUCACUACGCUGCUAGGCAACACACUGGUGUGUGCUGCCGUCACCAAGUUCCGACAUCUGAGGUCGAAGGUCACCAACUUCUUUGUCAUCUCGCUGGCCAUCUCUGACCUUCUGGUAGCUAUCUUGGUAAUGCCGUGGAAGGCAGCGACUGAGAUCGUGGGGUUUUGGCCGUUUGGUGCAUUCUGCAACGUUUGGGUGGCGUUUGACAUCAUGUGCUCCACUGCCUCCAUCUUGAACCUGUGUGUGAUUAGUGUAGACCGUUACUGGGCCAUCUCGAGCCCGUUCCGCUAUGAACGCAAGAUGACCCCAAAAGUGGCAUGUCUGAUGAUCAGUGUGGCGUGGACCCUGUCAGUCCUCAUCUCCUUCAUUCCUGUUCAGCUUAACUGGCACAAAGCUCAGACCACCAGCUACGCAGAGCUAAAUGGAACGUACCCCGGUGAGCUGCCCCCUGACAACUGCGACUCCAGCCUUAACAGGACCUACGCCAUCUCCUCCUCCCUUAUCAGCUUCUACAUCCCCGUGGCUAUUAUGAUCGUCACCUACACCCGGAUCUACCGGAUCGCCCAGAAACAGAUACGGAGAAUAUCUGCCCUGGAGCGGGCAGCAGAGAGUGCCAAAAACCGUCACAGCAGCAUGGGGAAUAGUUCGAGCAUAGAGAGCGAGAGCUCGUUCAAAAUGUCGUUCAAACGAGAAACCAAAGUCUUAAAGACGCUCUCAGUGAUCAUGGGAGUGUUUGUGUGCUGCUGGUUGCCCUUCUUCAUCCUUAACUGCAUGGUUCCGUUCUGUGAGCCAAACUUGCCGGACGGUGCCACGGACUUCCCCUGCAUCAGCUCCACCACCUUCGAUGUGUUCGUGUGGUUUGGCUGGGCAAACUCCUCGCUCAACCCCAUCAUCUAUGCCUUCAACGCCGACUUCCGCAAGGCCUUCUCCAUCCUCCUGGGCUGCCACCGGCUCUGCCCGGGGAGCAAUGCCAUUGAGAUCGUCAGUAUUAAUAACAACAUGGGCGCCCCUACCUCGAACCCCAACUGUCAGUAUCAGCCCAAGAGUCACAUCCCAAAGGAGGGCAACCAUUCAGCCAGCUAUGUGAUGCCCCACAGCAUCCUGUGUCAGGAGGAGGAGUUACACAAGAAGGACGGAUGCGGAGGGGAGAUCGAGGUGGGCAUGGUAAACAACGCCCUGGAGAAACUCUCGCCAGCCAUCUCUGGGAAUUUAGACAGCGAUACUGAGGUCACACUGGAAAAGAUCAAUCCCAUAACACAGAAUGGACAGCAUAAAACCGUGUCAUGUUGAGAAAAGAUGGAGAGGGGUACAUCGAGGCACGUAUGUACACACAAAGGGACGGAAAGCUUACACAGGAGGACAGCAGAAGCAACGAGAGAGACAGAUAUCGUUAUGAACAUGCCUGACAGGGAGACAGUGAGUGGGAUAUACGGGACCUUAAGACUGUCAAAAAAAAUCUACAUGGAAAAACCUACAGAAUGUUUUAAAGUAAAGGCACUUUAUCCUGGAUAUAACUAUCUGCAAAAUACUCUCAGCAUUUAUUGAUGAAAUUGAAAUUUGAUGAUAAAUGUUGAUAAUGUGAAUAUUAACGCAGAACACUAGCUAUGUGCACAUGUAUACAUUUUUCUAACAUGUUUAAAGAUGUAUACAUCUGCAUGUGUAUACUGUACAGUACUGACACAAUCCCGAAAGGACUUAAACACAGUAUAUACAGUGGAGGAAGAUGUAGUAACUAUUAGCAAAAUGUCUUGUAGGUAUAGGUGCUUUGUAUGUGUUUCAUGGGAGAGAGAGCAAUGUGGGUAAAUCAGCUUCUGGUACAGUAUAAUAAGUUGUUUAUUGCGGUUAUUUCUCUUCCGUACAUUUCUUAGUGGCAAUUCUGUUGCAGAAUCAAAACACCUGUAUUGCAGUGGUAAUUUUUUGGGGUUUAAACUGCUUCAGACACCAAAGUAAGAAUAUUCAGUUUAAAACAGGCAGGGGCAGGUGAUAGAGUUCACUACCAUAAGCCAAGUAGCCAUAUAUUUUUAAAGAUUUCAUUCUUACACCCCUUUAGACAUCUUAUCUUGCAGUGAAAAGUCCCCCCUCUACUUUCCUUCCCUUGUAUCCUAUUUUGACCAUUUCCUCAGUCAUGCCCAACUGGGACCGAUCAGACUGGCUCACCUGAAGUUUCCUCCAUUCCUUAUCCUCACUCCGUCUUUUCAUUAGCUUUGUCUCCCCUCUCUGCUGCUCUUCAGCAAACCCUCUCUAGGGCCCUAUAGUCUCCUCUCCUUUCCAUUUUCCUGCUCCCCUUUCCUCAGUCAGCAAAGUCCCUUCCUCCCUCGCACUGCCCUCAUUUCUCCAGCGUUGUCAACCUCUUCCCUCCUCUCUCCUCCUCACUGUUCCCUCAGUCAGCACGGUCCUCCUCACCUGCACCAUACCUUCCAUUUAUAUUUUUCUUUUCCUGUCUGCCUCACCAUCUCCUCUGGCAGCCCUCCAUUUUAAGUCUUUACCCUGCCCACUCAAAGUGGUACUUAUGAUUCUAUUUUUGGCAAAUGCUGUCAGUCCAUGAUUAAAAAAGAAUGUAAAUCUGUAAACUAAAACUCCCGCACUUGGACAGAGGAGGUAGCAGCAGCAGCAGCAGCAGCAGCAGCAGCAGCAGCGGAGUUCAUUCAGCCGUAAUGCAAGUGACACUUUGUGACCUUUUGCAAACUUGCAGAUAUCUGAUUUUGUAAAUUGCUCAUGCUGGGAGCCAUGCUGUGCUGUAGUGGCGAUGUGGAGCAUGCAGUGUGACAGUCGCUCUGUUCGCAGGGGUGGAGUCCAAGACAAACCACCACAAUGUGGAUUACCUUCAAGAUAUCGAACACAUUUUUAUUGUCACUCCUCUCUGCCAUGUAUUUUUGCAAAGUAGCAUUUAAAAUAUAUGCAAUUACAUUUUAAGUGAUGCAGUUAGUCAGAAUAAAGUCCAUUACAAAAGGCAGUUUUGGGUGAGUUAGUCCCUAUGAUGCAAUGAUUUUUAUAACCACAGAUAAGCUAUAAAACUACAUUUAAAAUAUUUUUGACAGUGCUCAAACAAGCUUUUUAAUUUUUUUUGUAUUUGUGGUGUUUGUGCUUGGCUCCACUCGCACUGAUUGUAUUGAUACUUUACAGUUAGUUUCACAUUCAAGGUUGAGUUUGAGUUUAAAGGUCCUUUGUGUAGCAUUCAGGGGCAUUGAUUGGCAGAAAUACUUAAUAUACUUCUUCUUAACUAUGUUAUGAUUAAUUUAUAACUACCUGAUCUACGAAUCGUGUUUUCAUGAGCUUAAAAUGAGCCAUUUAAAUCUACAUACAGAACGAGUCCUUUCCAUGGAUGUAAAAAGACAAAUGAACACAGCAUUAGAAAGGUGCCAUGAAAGUCAUGAAAGGUGCUUAGUGGCGCAUGAAGCCUAAAAAAGCUAAUUUCCAUGGCAUGAAAUUACCUGGAUCUGCAGCAUUGUGGGGUCCAUGGAGCAAGCACACUAGAAACUUAAAAUGGCUGAGUGUGGCAGAGCCGCUAACUUCCAGUUCAGCCCUCUGCUAACUUGAAUAGGGAUAAAACUUAUUUAAUCCUGCGGCUCUUCUAGACUUCUAGAAAUGUUAUCAGACUGAAUGGAUCAAAUCCCAAUCCACUGAUUCACAGGGAUCUCUUUCACAUUAUAAGUCUAUGGGAAAACGUGUUAUCGGGACCUAUGGUAUUGUGUGUCAAACCCAGAAGUUGUAAUUGCACAUUUGGCCAUGUGAAAUUGGGUUCCAUGCUGGCCACUGUUCCUGGGGGCUUGAUCCUCACCCAUGGAGUCCGCCAUGUUGUUCUACAGUAGCCCAGAAUGGACAAA